AUGGCAGACGCACAAAAUGUUGACCUUCCCGAAGGGGCCUGGGAUACGCACAUUCACGUAUUCGAGCCGGAGCGUUUCCCCUACGGACUGCCCCGCUCAUAUACGCCCAAGGCCGCCGCGCUGAGAGAUUACCCCUUUGGCACCACCAAGGCCACCAACAUUGUCGUGGUGCAGGCGACGGUCCAAGGGCACGGCGCGGGGCCGCUCCUCUCGGCACUGGGCGAGGGGGUUCCCGCAACGUGCACUGGCGUGCGAGGUCUCACGACGGUGGACCCCACCGCGGCCUCUGACGCCGAGCUGGACGCGCUGCACGCGGCGGGCGUCCGCGGCGUCAGGAUGCACGAGGUCAAGUGGGGACAUGGCGAUGAAGCUGGCGCGGGCGCCAUUGGCGGCAAGAUCAAGGCCAUGUCCGAGAGGAUCGCGCGGCUGAGUUGGGUGGUCGAUGUCUUUACCGACGUGCGUACCUGGGCCUCGCUCGAUGGGCUCAUUCGCAACGAGAUUGAUCCCCGGGUCAAGCUCGUCGCGGACCACCUCGGCAAGCCAGUGCCGGGUGAUGUGGAAUCGGCAGAUUUCCAGGUGUUCUUGGGGCUCGUUAGAGACGGUUACGUUUACGUCAAGCUCUCUGGCUUCGAACGCCUGUACCACGGUUACGAAGCUGGAAUCGACUCUCUCGAGUCUGCAGUCAAGGCUCUGGUCAAGGCUGGACCAGAGAGAAUAUUGUUUGGAACAGACUGGCCUCACACUCAGCUUGGCGUAUCACGACAAGGCAAAACGGAUGAACAAAGACUCACAGAGAUAGAAGAUUUUCGGGAUGUCGAUGAUGCACUGCACAUUCGGAAAUUGCGGUCCUGGAUUCCAGACGAGCAGACUUGGAUCAAUUUGUGGCGGGAAAACCCCAAGCGCAUUUUCCAGUAG